AUGCGUCAGCUUGUGGAUGUGUCCUGUUCCGCAGCGGACGUCGCCGCAUUGCUCUUCGCCGCGGGGGCGCCGGUUGCGGCACCACAUAGUGAUAGACCAUUGCCGACCACCCUUACAUGUGCGGUGCCGACAUCGCUGCUGUCGGCUGAGGUACAGAGAGCAGGAUCACCAGCAAGGUCGCUGGCUGGACUUGUUGAUCCAAUGGGGUUUAUCCGCGUGAGUUCGAAACUCAUCCGGAUCACCAGUUGA